AUGAGUUUUAACAAUAAUCCUUCUACAGCACAAAAAAAUGACUGGAAAAGAGAGCAAUUAGAGUUAAGGUCAAAAUUGAUAGAAAUUGACGAUUUAAGUUUUUCAAAAGCAAUUAUUGAAAAGAAUAAUAAACAAAAAGUGGAAUUCGAUGGAUUAAAAUAUAUAGGUGGUGUUGAUAUAAGUUUUGUUGAAAAUAAUAAUGAAGAUGCUGUAGCUUCGUUAGUUGUCUUAGAAUAUCCAAAUUUAAAGGUAAUCUAUGAAAAUUUUAAAAUGGUUAAAUUAAAACUUCCUUACAUUGCUGGAUUUCUGGCAUUUCGAGAAGUUACUCCAUUACUAGAAUUGCUUCAAAACCUUCAACAAAAUAAUCCUAAUAUAUUUCCUCAAGUUGUGAUCGUUGAUGGUAAUGGUAUACUACAUCCAAGGAAAUUUGGAUUGGCUAGUCAUUUGGGUGUAUUAGCUAAUGUUCCUACAAUUGGUGUCGGUAAAAAUUUUUUACAAAUUGAUGAUGGUGAUCAAUUGACCAUGUCAUAUGUGAAAAAAGCUGUUAAAGAAAAGUUGAAUAAGGGAGGUGAUGUGUAUUUCCUCCGUGGUGUUUCUGACACAACCUAUGGAGCGGCUGUCCGAAGUUUAGAAAACACAACUAAUCCAAUAUAUGUAUCAAUUGGUCAUAGAAUAUGCCUUGAAACUGCAAUUCAAUUAGUUAUCAAAUGUUGUCGCUAUCGUAUUCCAGAACCUACAAGACAAGCUGAUGUGCGAUCUCGAAAAUUCGUCAAAAAUCUCAUGAAAUAUAGUUAUAUGUAA